CCGGCUGGCAUUUGCUCGUUACUUAUUACAAACGAUUUAACUAGCAUUAGUUUAAAAACAAGAACACAAUUCUAAACAGAACUAUAAAAAUAAAUAUCAAAUUUUGCUUAAACAUCCUUACUGUGACUGUAUACUCCUGAGGAAAGCGCAGUUUGAAAAAACCUCCCUCGCGCUGUAUCAACCCGCGCACACGUUUAUUUUAAAAUGUAAAUUAUAUAUAUUAUUUCAUAUUAUAUGGACUGAUAUUUAAAAAACAAAAGUCAAAUAAAAGUUCAAUAAAAAUUUUCAACAUAAGACACGGUACUAUUUUCAGUGGAAGAAUACUAGUUCAGUUUGGGUAGUGAGAUGAACAUCGGCGCUACAUUUUCCUCUUUGACAAUUAGAAGAUGGCAUGAGUUUCAAUUCAAAAUGGCAUCUGUCCUCCAGAUGGCUCUCAAACACAGACAAAUACAGUAACCUACAGACCUUUAAAAGCUGAUAGUUUCCUAAAACUCCCUUGUGGGGAGGAAAGACUGGUAAUUACACCAUUUUUUUAGUUAUUACGAAUGUUAUACGACUUAAAAUUAGUAACUUUUCCUGGUUUAAAAGGCUGUAUUCUACUGGAGAAAAUCUAAAUGGAGCAACGGAAUUUUAAAAUGAUUGUCAACUCAACAACUUGUGUUCAUAAUUAUGGUAAAUAACACUUAAAUUCCUUUUAAAUAAUGUGAAAUAAAAGUGUGUGUGUGUGUGUGUUGAGCUAUCCUGUUUGACAUUAAUCUUGGUUCGCUAUUUCCUUAGAAAGCUGUUAGCCUUUUUCCUAAUAUGGAUCAUGCUUGUGUUAGUCUACUUUUAAUUAGGACUCUUUAUUGUUUAAGAUAUUUAAAAAUAAAUAUUUUAUGCUGUUUAUUUAUCAAUUAACCAACAGUAUCAUUACUAUUAUUUUAAUUCAGUUAACAGUGACCAUGAGCAGAGAGAUAACAUUUAACUGUUUAUGACCUCCUGAUUUAAAGCUUAAACAAGAAAAGAUUGGUAUCUGGACCAGUAUCGGCUGUAAAAAUCCUGAUCGGAGCAUCCGUAAUGAACACCAUUAAACUAAAGCGCUCUGCAUCUGACGGCUGCAGUUCAUAGAAACCUCACGGCUAAAGCUGCAGAGAUGGAGGUCGAGGGGACCAUGAAGAGGUGGCUCCAGCUGGCAUCAGAUCGAGAGUGUGGGCGCAAGAGCAGACUUUUGAUAAAGGAGGGUAUUUACAGUGUUUUAACUGGUUGUGUUUGAGUUGUGCAGGCUUGUGUCACCUGAAUUAAAGAAGGCAUUGUUUGAAGGGCUUGAUCAGCACCUCCCACGGCUCCUGCAGUUGUACAACACCGAGAGGCAGUGAAAUACCCGAAAUCCAACAUGUGAUGACCCGCAUUGAUCAAGAGACAGGAGCCUGUGGUUUCCUACUCUGAACGCUGUUCGAGACAUGUCGACUUCAGGAGGCCCCACUCCGCCCUUCACCACCCUGUCAGUCACCCACCCAGCCAAUCACAUCACUCCUGUAGAGCUGCACCGACCAGAGAAACACAACGCCAUGAGCAAGGCCUACUGGAGUGAAAUGAUCGAAUGCUUUAAUCAGAUUGCUGAAGACUCAGAGUGCCGUGUGGUGGUGGUCUCGGGUGCAGGGAAAAUCUUCACUGCAGAUGAGGACUCGCUCGAGCUUCACAUGGUGCGGCUGGAACUGGAGGAUGUGGAGAAGCAGAUCCGCGGCCUACUCGACAAGCAGGCCCAGCUGCUGGAGCGACAAACUGCGCUGGAAACAUCUUGUGCCUCUGCCCAUAUAUCCAAGGUAAGCACACAGCGUGGUAUUUCCACUCCCAGCCCCUCUACGCCAUGUGUUUCUCUGUGCAGGGACCGUGCACCUAGGACUUUCCCAGCCGUGGUCUCCGUCACGCCGGCGCCAACACACCUCGGGCCUUGGGUGAACCAGCGGCGGAAGGCGCGGGCUGGACCCUCUCCACCUCCGGUGUUCGAGAUUCCAACCAGGAACCGCUUCGCCCCUCUCCGCCAGACCAGACCCAACGCUGUGAUCGUCGGGGACUCCAUUGUGCGGAACGUCCGUGUAGCCUCAUCUAAAGGUAAGGUGCGCACACACUGUUUUUCUGGUGCUUGUGUCCUUGAUGUCGCUGCGCAGGUAUCCGGGAUCCUGAAGAAGGACGAGCGCAUUGGAGCGGUUGUGCUGCACGCGGGGACGAACGACACCAGGCUGCGGCAGACGGAGGUUCUGAAGAGGGACUUCUCCAGCCUGAUCGAGACGGUACGAGGCAGAUCACCCACCGCGAAGAUCAUCGUCUCUGGACCUCUUCCCACAUACAGACGUGGAGCAGAAAAGUUCAGUAGACUUCUAGCAUUAAAUGAUUGGUUAGUCUCUUGGUGUAAUGAGCAGAAUCUGGUGUUUGUCAAUAACUGGAAUCUGUUCUGGGAGCGUCCUAGGUUGUUUCGUCCUGAUGGCCUGCACCCCAGCAGCCUUGGAGCGGAACUGCUAUCAGACAACAUUUCCAAGGCGCUACACUCCAAGUGACUGCCUACCGUAAGUACAUCUUCCAAUAAUAACAACAUUCAGUAUAAUCAAUGUUCAAUUAAAAAUCCGGCACCGGUAGUACAUACUAUAGAGACUGUGUCUGUUCCCCGAGCUAUACAAAUAUAUAGAAAAUCUCGGAAAGUCUAUCUUCGUAACCUAAUUAACAUAAAAUUAAAUCAUAUUGAAUGCACAGCCAGCACUUUUGAUCUGAAGCUAGGACUAUUAAACAUUAGAUCUCUUGCGUCUAAGGCUCUUAUUGUUAACGACAUCAUUACUGAUCAGGAAUGUAAUUUAAUGUGUUUAACAGAAACUUGGAUUAAACCAAACGAGUACAUAGCAUUAAAUGAAGCCAGACCUCCUGGAUACAGUUAUGUACAUCAGCCUCGUUCAACUGGUAGAGGAGGAGGUGUUGGUCUCAUCCAUAGUAAAAAUCUAGUCGUCACACAAAAACCUAAGCAUAAAUUUAAUUCUUUUGAAAUUCUUUAUACCAGUAUAAGUUAUGUAGCCACAAAAAAUAAGUCAAUUCCUCUAAUUAUUAUUUACAGACCCCCAGGGCCAUAUACUGAAUUUCUUAGUGAAUUUGCAGACUUUGUCUCAAACCUGGUUGUGUCUGUAGAUAAAGCAUUAAUCGUCGGAGACUUUAAUAUUCAUUUUGAUAACCUGGAAGACCCUCUAAGAUUAGCGGUUGUGUCCAUCUUAGAUUCAGUAGGGAUUAAUCAGAACGUAAUCGGGCCUACUCAUAAUGGUGGUCACACUCUUGACCUCAUACUAACAUACGGACUAAGUAUAGAAAAUAUUAUCAUUCUUCCGCAGUCUGAAGUUGUCUCAGACCAUUAUCUUAUCUCGUUCAUAAUACGAAUUGAUCAUAAUAUUUCCACCUCGCCUCGCUACCGCGUAAAACGUACCUACACAUCAGCUACUGCACCGAGCUUCAUAAAUAACCUCGCAGAAACAUCAAUUAGAUUUGGAUCACCGUCAGAUCACAUAGAACUCGAUCAGGCGACUGAAAGCUUGGAGUCAACACUCCGCUACACGCUAGAUAGAGUGGCUCCACUCAAAAGGAAAAUAAUUAGAGAAAAAAAAUUAGCACCCUGGUAUAACGAUCAAACGCGAACCUUAAAACAGACAACUCGACAAUUAGAACGUAAAUGGCAUCAAACCAAACUGGUGGUAUUUCAAACAGCAUGGAAGGAGAGCCUACUGAAAUAUAGGAAAUCUCUUGGCGAUGCUAGAAAAAUCUAUUUCUCCGCCUUAAUAGGAGACAACAAAAACAAUUCUAGAUUCCUUUUCAACACAGUAGCAAAAUUAACUAGGAAUAAAACCACUAGAGAGAGAAACACUCAAUCAUUACAUAGCAGUGAAGAUUUCAUGAAAUUUUUCAUCGAUAAGGUUGAAAAUAUUAGACGUGAAAUACAGGCCAUUAAAUUAAAACCGGACAGUACUGUAACAAACCCAUUACAUGACAAUGUAGCAAUAUCAGAUCAAUGUUUAGAGUAUUUUGCUUCACUUAGAGAGACCGAACUAGCUACAUUAAUCUCUUCAGCCAAUUCAUCAACUUGCAUACUAGAUCCCGUACCUACAUGUUUGUUUAAACAGAUUUGUCCAGGAGUAAUUGAACCACUUCUAAAUAUAAUCAAUUCUUCCCUAAGCACUGGCUAUGUACCUAAAUCACUUAAAUUAGCAGUUAUUAAACCCUUGAUUAAAAAACCUGAUCUUGACCCGUCUCAAUUGUCCAGCUAUAGACCAAUAUCAAAUCUCCCCUUCAUCUCUAAGAUUUUAGAAAAGGUUGUAGCAAAGCAGUUAUGCUCGUACUUAGAUAGGAAUAACAUUCAUGAAAUGUAUCAGUCAGGGUUUAGACCUCAUCAUAGCACAGAGACAGCAUUAGUUAAAGUAGUAAAUGACCUUCUACUGACCUACGAUCAGGGUUGUGUCUCUCUGCUUGUGUUACUCGACCUUAGUGCAGCUUUUGAUACUAUAGAUCACACUAUUCUCCUUGAUAGAUUAGAAAAUGUUGUUGGUAUUAAGGGAACAGUCCUCUCCUGGCUCAGGUCUUAUCUGACCGAUCGUUAUCAGUUCGUAGAUGUAAAUGGUGAAUUCUCCAUGCGUACUGAGGUUACUUUUGGAGUUCCACAGGGUUCUGUUUUAGGCCCACUGCUCUUUACUUUAUAUAUGCUACCCCUAGGUCAAAUUAUUCGUAAACAUGGAAUUAGCUUCCACUGUUAUGCUGAUGAUACACAGUUGUAUGUUUCAGCGAAGCCAGAGGACAGACAGAAGCUUAGUAAAGCUGAGGAUUGUGUAAAGGACAUUAGACAUUGGAUGUUAACUAACUUCCUUCUACUUAAUUCUGAUAAAACAGAAAUACUUUUAUUAGGCCCACGUGUAGCUAGAAGUAAUCUUUCUGAUCACAUGGUUACUCUGGAUGGUCUUUCUGUUUCAUCAUGUGCAGCAGUUAAAGACCUUGGAGUGAUUAUUGACUCCAGCCUAUCAUUUGAUGCUCAUGUAGAUAAUAUUACUAGGAUAGCCUUCUUUCAUCUCAGAAAUAUUUCUAAAAUAAGAAACAUAUUGUCACUACAUGAUGCGGAAAUACUAGUUCAUGCAUUCGUCACCUCUAGAUUAGAUUACUGUAAUGCCUUACUGUCUGGAUGUUCCAGUAGGAAUAUAAAUAAGCUCCAGUUAGUCCAGAAUGCAGCUGCUAGAGUCCUAACUAGAACUAGAAGGUACGACCAUAUCACACCGAUAUUAUCAAUACUGCAUUGGCUCCCAGUAAAAUCUCGCAUUAACUAUAAAAUACUUUUAUUAACCUAUAAAGCACUAAAUGGUCUCGCGCCACAAUAUCUAAGCGACCUUUUGGUUUUAUAUAAUCCGCCACGCCUACUUAGAUCAAAAGAUGCAGGCUAUUUGACGGUACCUCGAAUAGUGAAGGCUACAGCAGGGGGAAGAGCUUUCUCUUAUAGAGCCCCACAGUUAUGGAACAGUCUUCCUAUUAGUGUUCGGGACUCAGACACAGUCUCAGUGUUUAAGUCUAGGCUUAAAACGUAUUUGUUUACUCAAGCCUACCCUGACUAGAUUCUGUUCUACUACUUCGCAGUCAUAAUAAUCUUUUUUCUCCCUCUCUCCUUUCGCCGAGCCCCACAUGAAUUUAUGGAGAUACUAGAGAUCCAGAUCCUUUCUGCCUCUGGAUGGAGCUCAAAUCUUCUCUAAUUCCAGACUGCUGGGACUACGGCUGCUCCUAAGGCCAUACAGACUUCAUAUAAAUCCAUAAUGAACUUUUUCACACUAUCUGUUGUUACCCAGAUGAGGAUGGGUUCCCUUCUGAGUCGGGUUCCUCUCAAGGUUUCUUCCUCUUAAAACAUCUUAGGGAGUUUUUCCUUGCCACCGUCGCCACUCAGUGGCUUACUCAGUUGGGAUAAAUUUGCACCUUUAAUAUCUGUAUACCAUGUUGAUAUUUCUGUAAAGCUGCUUUGAGACAAUGUCUAUUGUAAAAAGCGCUAUACAA